CAUACUAAUAUUAUAAAUAUGCGUCUUGAAUAUGCGUCAGAAUCAUCCGACCGUUGGCUAAGAUUACAUCGCCUCUUCUCUCUUCCAAUUCAUUCGAUCUCUGAUCAUUACAAGAGAAAUUAAUCAAUCAUCACCGAAUCAUCUGCUGAUUUAAUUACAGAUAAACACAACUUCAUCUGGAUUUAUAAACCCUAGUUCUGCGAUUUUCUUGGAUGAAAUCAAUCCAAUGCAUUGGUGUUGCAGCAAGAGAUUGAAUCAUAAUCAUCGGAGUAUAAACAGCAACGAAUCUCAUCAAUCUGGUUUUGGCUCUGAAUAUGAUGAAACCCUUUCGGGGGAAGUUAUUAUUUGCCCUCGAAUAUAUCAAUCGAAGAGAGACUUCGUCGUCCUCGGUGGUGCUAGGGCUUUUUUGAUAGAGAAAAAAUAAAAAUUAGGGGAUCAUUAUGCAGCUACACUUCUCACCUAGUAUGAGAAGUAUAACGAUAUCGAGCAGCAAUGGAUUUAUCAAAUUGAUGAAGAUCAAGGUCGCAGCUCGUCAUAUUUCAUAUCGUACUCUGUUUCAUACCAUCCUCAUUCUCGCGUUCUUGUUGCCAUUCGUUUUCAUCCUCACUGCUAUCGUUACCCUUGAAGGUGUCAACAAAUGCUCCUCAAUUGAUUGUUUAGGAAGGCGUUUGGGACCAAAGCUUCUUAAGAGGGGUGAUGAUUCAGGGAGGAUUGUUAGUGAACUUUACAAUCUUCUUAAUCAAGUGAACUCUGUAGAAGUCCAAGAAGAUGUAAAACUCCCUGAUAACUUCACACAUCUUAUCACAGAAAUGAAAAGCAACAAAUAUGAUGCAAAGGAAUUUGCUUUUAUAUUGAAACAAAUGAUGGAAAGAUCAGAAAAGGAGAUUAAAGAAUCAAAAAUUUCAGAAGUAAUGAACAAACACAUUGCAGCAACUUCAAUCCCAAAAUCUCUCCACUGUCUUUCCCUCCGUUUAACCGAUGAGUAUUCCUCCAACGCCCACGCAAGGCGGCAGUUACCCUCACCGGACCUCCUGCCGCUCCUCUCCUCCGCCUCCCACCACCACUUCAUCCUCUCAACCGACAACAUCCUGGCGGCAUCAGUGGUGGUUAACUCUGCCAUCCAGUCAUCUGCUUCGCCUGAAAAAAUGGUGUUCCAUGUCAUCACUGAUAAGAAAACAUAUGCAGGAAUGCAUUCGUGGUUUGCUUUGAAUUCUCCAUCUCCUGCCAUUGUUGAAGUGAAGGGUGUUCAUCAGUUUGACUUUUUGACCAGAGACAAUGUUCCUGUUGUUCAAGCUCUGGAGGAUCUUGAUGGGGUUAGGGAUUAUUAUUAUAAUGGGAAUUAUGUUUCAAGGGAGGUGUUUAGGGGUAGUUUCGGGAUUUCACCAAGGGUAUUUGCGUCCAAGUUGCAGGCGAGAAGCCCGAAGUAUAUUUCGGUGUUGAAUCAUCUUCGCAUUUAUUUACCAGAGCUGUUCCCAAACCUUGAAAAAGUGGUGUUUUUAGACGACGAUAUUGUGAUACAACGUGACUUAUCUCCACUUUGGGAUGUUGACCUUGGUGGAAAAGUCAACGGAGCAGUUGAAACAUGUAAAGACCCUCAAGAAUGCGCAUGGGCUUAUGGGAUGAAUAUUUUUGACUUAAAAACAUGGAGAACCACUAACAUUAAAAAAACGUACCACACUUGGUUAAAACAGAAUUUGAAGUCGAAUUUGACAUUGUGGAGACUUGGGACACUUCCGCCGGCUUUAAUUGCGUUUAGAGGUCAUGUUCAUGGGAUUGACCAAUCAUGGCAUAUGUUGGGGUUAGGCUACCAAAACAAGACUAACAUUGAAAAUGUGAAAAAAGCGGCUGUGAUCCACUACAAUGGUCAAUCUAAACCAUGGUUAGAGAUAGGAUUCGAACAUCUUCGCCCUUUUUGGUCUAAAUACGUUAACUACUCCAAUGAUUUUGUCAAGGGUUGUCAUAUCUUGGAGUAGGAGUGUUUUUGUCGAUAUUUUAGAAGAGAACCAAAUUUUAGUAUAUAAAGAUUUGUUUUUUUUUUUUUUUUUUUUUUG